AUGUUCUAUAACAAACAAAUCAGGUUCUUUCUCAUCCAGGCAGCCUUGAUACCUUCUAUCUUUCUCGCCGUCUACAAGCACAACCCUGCUGCUUUUGAAUGGCUCCGGGACAUCGAUAUUGCUCGUCACCUACUCAAUGAAUACGCCGUCUACGGAACAGCGGCAGGUCACUACUCCAGCAUGAUCAACGGGCUCUUUGAAACCGUGAUCGCUUCAACGGAAGACGAGGCUUGGAGCCCGACACACCAGUCGAACGUACUCAAUAGUCUCUGUGAUCAAUUUCUACGUUCAAUUCCGGAUGGUGUUUCGCAGUAG